AUCGGUGGACUCAGUAGGUGAGUAACAUUUUACUCUGACACUAUAAGAGGUACUUCAUUGUUUUAUUACUUCUCAAAGUUUCCUUCAUUCGGUACAACAUGAAGUUCCUGGUGUUGACUCUGUUCAUUUUUUGGGUGCUGCUCAACGAAAUUGAAGCAGAAGAGGAAACUACAAGCAUGAGAAACAAGGAGAAGAAAAGAGAAAGAGAGAAGUACAAUGAAAUAGCAGAAGAAUACACGAGGAAGAUCAUUGAUCCCUUCGGAGAUGAUGAUGAGGGAUAUAGGAAAAAUAAACAAAAACAUAAAACUGAUCCAGUUAAGAAACGAGUAGAAGAAAACAUAGAAGAAUAUGAUAAAAAAAUUGAAGACAUUUUUAUGGGAAGUGAUAACAGAAAGCGAGAGAGGGAAGAAGAAAAACAAUUUAAGAGAGGAAAAAGAAAAAUCUUUGAUUGGAUAUUUUGAAUUUUAAUGAUAAUA